GGCGGCCGCCAGAGUCCGGAGAGGCGAGCCGGAGCGCAGGACCACGGCCGCCCUGCCCACAGAACCCGGCCACCGCAGCGCCCGCGAGUGCGCCGAGGACAGAGCGCGGGCGAGAGCACGCCGCCGGGGGCGCGCAGGCCCUGCCCGCCCCUUCCGUCCCCACACCCCUCCGCCCCUUCCUCUCCCCACCUUCCUCUCGCCUCCCGCGCCCCGGCACCGGGCGCCCACCCCCUGUCCUCCUCUUGCGGGAGCGCUGUCCGCGUUGGCGGCCGGAGCGAGCCGGGCCGGGCCGGCGGGCCAGGGGAUGGCGCUGCUGGACCUGGCCCUGGAGGGAAUGGCUGUCUUUGGGUUCGCCCUCUUCGUGGUGCUGUGGCUGAUGCAUUUCAUGGCCAUCAUCUACACCCGAUUACACCUCAACAAGAAGGCAACUGACAAACAGCCAUAUAGCAAGCUCCCAGGUGUCUCUCUUCUGAAACCACUGAAAGGAGUAGAUCCUAACUUAAUCAACAACUUGGAAACAUUCUUUGAAUUGGAUUAUCCCAAAUAUGAAGUACUCCUUUGUGUACAAGAUCAUGAUGAUCCAGCCAUUGAUGUAUGUAAGAAGCUUCUUGGAAAAUACCCAAAUGUUGAUGCUAGAUUGUUUAUAGGUAAGUAACAAAUGAAAUGUAAUAACAAGUCACAAAAUAUAUUUUACAUUAGUGGGCAUUUUACUAAAAAGAAAUUUUUUUCUCUCCCCCUCCCUCCCCCUUUUUUUUUAAUUAUAGUAAUUCCAGACACACUUACUGACAUGGUUAAUCAAAUGACAGAAAAAGUAGGCUUGGUUCAUGGGCUGCCUUACGUAGCAGACAGACAGGGCUUUGCUGCCACGUUAGAACAGGUAUAUUUUGGAACUUCACAUCCGAGGUACUAUAUCUCUGCCAAUGUAACUGGUUUCAAAUGUGUAACAGGAAUGUCUUGUCUAAUGAGAAAGGAUGUGUUGGAUCAAGCAGGAGGACUUAUAGCUUUUGCUCAAUACAUUGCUGAAGAUUACUUUAUGGCCAAAGCUAUAGCUGACCGAGGUUGGAGGUUUGCAAUGUCCACCCAAGUUGCAAUGCAAAACUCUGGCUCAUAUUCAAUUUCUCAGUUUCAAUCCAGAAUGAUCAGGUGGACCAAAUUGAGAAUUAACAUGCUUCCUGCUACAAUAAUUUGUGAACCAAUUUCAGAAUGCUUUGUUGCCAGUUUAAUUAUUGGAUGGGCAGCCCAUCAUGUAUUCAGAUGGGAUAUUAUGGUAUUUUUCAUGUGUCAUUGCCUGGCGUGGUUUAUAUUUGACUACAUUCAACUCAGGGGUGUCCAGGGUGGCACACUGUGUUUUUCAAAACUUGAUUAUGCUGUCGCUUGGUUCAUCCGCGAAUCCAUGACAAUAUACAUUUUUUUGUCGGCAUUAUGGGACCCUACUAUAAGCUGGAGAACUGGUCGCUACAGAUUGCGCUGUGGGGGUACAGCAGAGGAAAUCCUAGAUGUAUAACUACAGCUUUGUGACUGUAUAUAAAGGAAAAAAGAGAAGUAUUAUAAAUUAUGUUUAUAUAAAUGCUUUUAAAAGAUCUACCUUCAGUAGUUUUAUCACAUGUAUGUUUUGGUAUCUGUUCUUUAAUUUAUUUUUGCAUGGCCCUUGUGUCUGUGAAAAAAAAAAAAACACAUCUGUAGUCUUGGCCAAAUGAUACACUUUAUUUUGUGGAAGUAGAAAAUCAAGAGAAUUGGUUCUAGGAACCUGGGUUUGUUUUUUGUUGUUUAUUUUUUUAAAAUAAAUGAAUAAAUGCAUAUAUAUAAAUAUAUAUGAAUGCUCUGCAACAAACACUAUGACAGUAUCCUUCAAUAGAGAAAGUUUCUUAUUUGUGAGUACACUCUUUUAGAAUAUUUGUGGGUGGGAUGGCAGCAGCUUUGUUUGGGGGUUUAGAAAAGACCAGAAGGUAAUGACUGUUCAUGUCCAAUGUGAACGGUAUUAACGCAGUGAACAGCCCACAGCGAGGUACUAAGAAACUUUUUCAUGCUUUAUGCCUACCUCUUAUAGUUGUUGCAGAGCAAAUAUAAAUUGUAAUAAGGUAGCUAGGCCUUACAGAAACAAACGGAAAAACUUUUCAAAACUAAUAAUAAUAAAAGAGCUGGAGGCUAAUAUUUAUAUGAAUCUGUAAGCGAUAUUUUUUUGGUCUCACUGCAAUGAACCAAAAGUGGCUAAGUUUGGUUUUUAAUUGUAGCCAUGUAUUGAAGGCAUCUUUUCGACCAACUCUUGUUGGUUCUGUCUUGAACCAUUGUUAAUCACUGUGCUGUAAUUAGUAUAGCUAAGUCUUCUCCUUCCCUGCUCCUUACCCGACCCACCCCAUCUUUCCUUAACUUUUUUUCAGGGGUGGGGGUUGGGAGUGGUUUUGUUUUAGUGUGAGUGGAUGUUUUGAUAGUUGUAAGGAAAAAUGCAUUUCAGACACAUUUCACACAUGAGCUAUUUUCUUACACAGUAUGUCAUAUUGUUAAUAAGAAUGUAAUUUCACGAUACAGGUAUUUAAUAUCUUUUUUAAGUAAAUAUUCUAGCCAUCAAUAAAUAAAUUGCAGUAGAGUAUUAAGAGGGGACAGGAUGAGUUUUACUCUUAAAAUUAAUCAGUAUCAAACUAAGUCUACUGUGUGUGUGUUUUUUUUUUUUACUAUUAUAGUCUAGUCUUAUUUAAAUUGGAUUUUUGUAUUCCAGUUUGUAUGACAAAGUAGACUAGAUGAGCGCUAGUUGUAAAUGCAUGCCGUACUUCACUUUUCUCCCCCACCAUGCCGCUAAACUUGCUUGUCAGGUUGUGCUUAACUUGUGGUGAACUGGACUUGUUUUUGUUUUUAAAAAAUAAGCAAAAAUGUAAGGGACAGUGCAUAAGCCUUUCAUUUUUCUGUAGUGGUAUUUUGCUUUUUCUUCAGGAUUGGAUGGCAUGUUGUCGUACCAAUGCCUGCUGCAGGGCUAACACUGGCAAUAUGGCAGCUUCAAAUUCUAAGUUACUACAGUUUCCAUGUCAAAGCAUACUGUGUAGCAUAUUAGCAAUAACUACAUAUUUAUAGAAAAUGAACACUUUUUCACUUUACUGAGCCAAUUCAUUCAAUUGUCUAAUGACUAUAUACAUGGUUUAAAUUGCAAUAUAUCUAUAAAUGUGUAUACACAUUAUAGUUAAAGCUUUUCUCUGGGCCAAAAUGCUUCAUUCUUUUUUUUUUUUUUUUUGCCUUAUGAUGAAUUGUUUGAAGGGCAUUUUUUAUGAACAAAGGCUUGGAUGCAUAUUCCUUUCUUUAUGUGAAAUGGAUAGUAUUGUUCCCUGAGGAAAGUUGCACAGUAAAAACCAGUCUAGUUGUGACCCACUAUGUGUUUAUUUUUGUUGAAUUACUAUUCUUUGAGUUGAAUUUUGCUGACCCUGUUCAUAAUUUGUUGGUUUGUUUAAUGAAGUUUGGUUGAUGCCAUCCUUUGCACUGCUGAAGUAAAACCUUGUUUAUUACUUAGCUUUUUGCUGAUCUCAGUAUGGGCAAUGCAACAACAAAACCAAAAUGGCUGGACAGACUUCUUGUGUUUUGUAAAUAUAAAAAAAUGACUGUUCUGUACGUGUGUUUAAUGUGGUAGUGGAGUGUUUCCUUAAAGUGAAGCUUCACUUAAGCACACAGAGUGAUUCUUUGUUUAUCAAGUUUGGAGUGAUGAUAAAAUGGUAAGAAAUAAUAUAAAUGUUGAAGAAAGCAUUACAACAGAACUGUAGAAGUCCAAAUUUAAUAAACUGUCUUUUUAAAAAGAAAACCCCAAUAAGUGUCUAGAAUAUACCAUGUUUUGUUAUUUAAAAUCAUUGUCUUAAGUUUUUUGUUCAAAAAAUAAAACUUUGAAUACAAUCAAAA